AUGGCUCCGCGCCGCGGUGCUGCGGAAGUGGUGGCCGAGGAACCACAGCUUGGAAGUCUGACAUUCAAUGAACCUCUGUCAUGGCGUGCAGGAAAGCCAAUACCUACUGGAGAUCUUCUCAGGAGACUUGAUGCUCUGUCUAGCGAGCUCAGGGAAAUGGACCAGGAGGAAACGGAUAAGGACUCGUUGACCAAAGUGGCAAAGGAGCUUGCGGGGCACAAUCUACUCAGCCAUAAGGACAAGGGAGUUCGCGCAUUUACAGCAUGCUGUUUGGUUGAUGUCUUGAAGAUAUGCGCUCCUGAUGCGCCAUUUACUCCAACCCAGCUUAAGGACAUCUUCACACUAUUCGUUACCAACAUCCUACCUGCCCUCUCAGAUCCCUCUCAUGCCUACAAUACUCAACACAAAUAUGUCCUUGUUUCUCUCUCUGAAGUUAAGAGCAUUGUCCUCUUGGGCGACAUUUCAAGCUCGGAAUCCUUGAUCUUACACCUCUUCAGCUCUUUCUUCGACAUGAUCUCGGGCUCCUCGAAGUCCUCGACUGGAGAGCAGAUAUCGAAAGAUGUGGAAUAUCAUAUGACACAGAUGUUGGUAACCCUGGUGGACGAGUCACAAAGUGUGCCACCAGAGGUCGUGGAUGUUAUCAUGGCCCAGUUCAUUCGAGCCACCCUUUCUCCUACUGUCAAAUCUAAACAAGAUACGGACGAGAAACAAGCUACUCUACUGCUGAAAGAGCUCCCUGAAGCCUACAACAUGGCAAAGACAAUCUGCAAUUCCUGCCCUGAAAAGAUGUCUCGUUAUGUUAGUCAAUAUUUCAAUGAAGUUAUCCUGGAAGUCUCUGGUGGAGUACCUAGGGCGAAUGGACAUCGAAGAACGAGUGAUGGCGCUGGCGAUUCUGAUGAUGAUGAAGCUCCAACUGGUCCAACAGAAUCCGACUUGAAAGAACUCAAGAAGGCGCAUAACCUACUACGAGAAUUGUGGCGUGCUUCUCCAGCUGUUCUGCAAAAUGUUAUACCUCAAUUGGAUGCGGAAUUGUCAGCAGAGAAUGUACAGCUGAGAUGCCUGGCAACCGAAACCCUAGGAGAUAUUAUUUCUGGAAUUGGCGCUGCUGGACCUCCUCCACCUCCACAUAUGGAUCCAGCUGCAUAUCCGCCUGCAAAGUUGGAGGAUUAUCCUCAAGGACCCAUCUCCUCCAGCAUUCUUACUACUCCCAUCUCACCCCAGUCUUUCGCACAAACCCAUCCGAGUGUAUACCAGAGUUUCAUGGGUAGGAAGAACGACAAGUCUUCUGUUAUCAGAUCUAGCUGGACUCAUGCAAUCGGCCGGAUAUUGCUUACGUCGGCAGGCGGCAUUGGUUUGAGUCGCGACGAGGAAAAUUCCUUGGUGAAAGGGCUUGCUGAAAAGUUGAAUGAUGCUGAUGAGAAGGUCCGACUUGCAGCUGUGAAAGUUGUUGGUGAAUUUGGUUUCCGAGACAUCAUGAGCAAGCUUGCAUCCAAUGGGAGUGUGAAUAAACAAGGGUCGGUUCUGUGUAGUCUCGCAGAUCGAGCUCGCGAUCGACGAUUAGCUGUUCGAAGCGAAGCCAUGAUGGUUGUCUGCAAAAUUUGGGGUGUUGCAGCGGGGGAAAUCGCAGCAGGAAACGAGAGUGUCCUCGACACCUUAGGCACGAUCCCAUCAAAAGUCUUCGAGGCUUUCUACGCAAACGACUUGGAAACAAAUGUCCUACUCGAUCAUGUUAUGUUCGAGCAGCUGAUCCCUCUCGGGUAUCCUCCGGCUAAGGGAAAGGCUUCAAAAGCUACCAACGGAGAGUCCCAGACUCAGAUCAAUGGCGACGGCCCAUUCGACCCUGACAAGAUCAGAACGGAGCGUAUCUUAUUUCUCAUCAAGUCUCUUGACUCAAAGGCACGAAAAGCUUUCUUUGCCAUGCAAGCUCAUCAGCCAACCUUCUCAAAGGUCUUGGAUGUCUUUCUCAAACGAUGCGAAGAAUUCAAUGGCGGUGUCAUAGAUCAGGAUGCGAAAGAUGUGAAGCUCAAGCUCGACACUACUAUCAAGUGGUUGGCCGAUUUCCUACCUGAUAGCUUUAGAGCGAGUCACGACUUGCACAAAUACGCCAAAAUGCAUGAUCGAAGAAGCUACCAGCUCCUCAGAUUUGCCAUGGCGCCUGAAAGCGACUUCAGUACUGUUCACAAAGCCAUCAAGGAAUUCCAGAAGCGUAUCUCUUCGGCACCUGGCGGUCAGAGCGGUUUGUUAGAAACUCUGAUGCCCAUUAUCUAUCGAUCCGCAUGUUUAGUCUACAAUCGGAGCCACCAACCGCUGAUCUUGCAGUAUUCUCGGACUGAUGAGAACGGUUUGAGUGCGACAGCGCAUAUUGCCAUGAAGGAGAUAUCAGACAAGCACCCUGAGAUUUUCAAAGCCAGUGUGAAGGAGUUGUGUAAAUCUCUCGAAGAACAAGCACCAUCAGAGACCAAGGACAAUGAUCCCAGCAGUGUCGAUACGUUGAAGGCUUUAGCCUCCUUUGCGAAGGCCGAGAAUAACCAGAUUCCCAAUGACCGCAAGUUCACGCAGACCCUGCUCAACUUUGCACUUUAUGGUACUCCGCCAAAAGCUGCUAAGUACGCGGUCAGUAUUCUGGCAGCGACGACAAACCGGAAAGAGAUGCAUAUGAAGGAUCUGCUGGACAAGUCAAUGGAUGGGUGGGAAUAUGGGAAGGACCAUUUCCUGACCAAGCUGGCAACCAUUAGUCAAUUGACCCUUUUGGAUCAGAAGCUCACGGAAGACUCUAAUGACGAAAUCAUCGACAUCACUACGCAGCAGAUACUCUUGCAAGUUCGAACACCAAAGUCUGAUGACGAUCCUGAUUGGCAGUUCGACCACCUCGACGAUGAAUGUGAAGCGAAAUGCUGGGCCAUAAAGACGCUGGUAAAUCGUCUUCGCACAGUGGAGGAUCCUGAGACUGCCAAGAAGCUUGCUGUCCCAGUGUAUAAGCUUCUGAAUACUCUCAUUUUCAAGGAAGGCGAAGUCACGAAAGCAGGAAACACUCCAAAACACCACAAAUCUCGUUUACGACUUCUUGCAGCGCAACAAAUGUUGAAGCUGUGUACAACAAAGAUGUUCGACGAAUUUUUGUCUCCGAUUGACUUUACUCGGCUGUCUUUCGUUGCGCAGGACCGACUCGAAGUAGUCAGACGUGGUUUCAUCGAGAAGCUGCAGAAAUACAUCGUGAAGAACCGACUUUCCCAACGCUUCAACACCAUCAUCUUCGUUACAGCAUUCGAACCUGGCAGCAACGGUAGCUUGAAGGAAUCUAUUAUGACUUGGAUUCGCUCUCGUGCCAAAAUUUCCCAUCAUGCUAAAACUCGAACUUUCGAAAAUAUCUUGCCUCGUCUGAUCCAUCUCAUUGCGCACCAUCCUGACUACAGUGUUGAGCCAGAUGAGUUGAAGGAUAUUGGAACAUAUUUUCUCUAUUACCUCAACGCUGUCGCAACCGAGGAGAAUCUUCCCUUGAUAUACAAAUGCGCUCAACGUGUCAAGCAGGCGAAAGAUGCUAUUCCCAGUGCUGACUCGAAUAACCUCUAUGUGUUGAGUGAUUUGAUACAAACCUUGGUCAGGAAGUACGAAGAGAAGAAGGGUUGGAGUAUGCAAAGCUGGCCUGGUAAGGUCGGCUUACCCGUAGGACUUUAUGCAGCCUUGCCAAGCCAUGAAGUUGCGCAAGACAUUGCAGAGAAGAGUUACUUGCCUGACGAUAUGGACGACCUUCUUGAUCGGCUGAUCAGAGAUGCUGACAAGAAGAAGGUAUGUUGA